AUGGUGGACCCUGUGCCAGAGGAGGAGGAGGAAAAAGCAGGAGCUGAGCCAAGCAGUGUUGGAGAAGAUGGAGCAGCUGCAUCUGCAUCUUCUGUCCCUACUGGUGCCCAGCAACUGCCCACUGCAACAUCUUCUGCCCCACCAGGUGUACCUAGCAAAGCUGAGGGCUUGGUAAGCUACAGGGAAGGCAGGCAGAGGGAACAGUCGCCUAUGUUGCACCUUGAUUUGUUCAACUUUGACUGUCCAGAAGCAGAGGGCAGCCGCUACGUGCUCACCAGCCCCCGCUCAUUGGAGGCCUGUGCCAGAUGUGCAGUUAAACCUGUGGAGCUGCUGCCUCGGGUGCUGACAGAUCUGGUGCGUGAGGCUCCAGGCCGCUCUAUGCGGGUGGCUACAGGGCUUUAUGAAGUGUAUGAGGCUGAACGCCUAGCCAAGUUACAGCAGUGCCGGGCUGAACGAGAGCGGAUCAUCAAGGAGGAAAAACGGCGUCUCUUCACACCUCUGAGCUCCAACACCGCAGUCCCAACAGCAGCCCCGAUCCCGACUGCAGGCCCUGGCAGCAGCAGCAGCUGCAGCAGCAGCGCAAGUCUCCCAGCUUCACCUGCUCCCCGCGUUCCCCGCGCUCCCCGCAAAUCCUCUUCGUCGCCCUCACCGGCUCGGACCAAGCCUCCUCCAGCUGCUUCCCGACCAGGCAAAAAGAGCCACUCACUAGAUUCCCUGUCUCGCCGGCGAGAAGGUGCCCUAAGCUCAGAAUCUGGGGCCUCCUCCUCCUCCUACAGUGGUGAUAGCCUAAGGGAGCACUGGCUGCCCCGAAGCCCAGCCACUGGUGGCCUCCUUGCUGGGUCUGCUGCCUCAGCCCCCAAUCCCCAGACUCGGCCGUCGGCUCUCACCUUGGCGCCCCUGUCAGGUCGCAGCUUCAGCUUGAGCGACCUGUGCCACUCACCCCAGACCGCCCGCCACGUGGAGAGAAUCGUGCGCCAGGUGCGGGAGGAGAAGGGCCUCCGUGGGUUGCCAGAGCGCGACCGUAAGAUUGCCGCCCUUAUGCUGGCCCGCCACCAGGAAGAAGAAUUGCUUCGAGAACAGCAAGCGUUUGCCCACGGCCAGUGGGAGCUGCAGCGAGCCAAGGCCAUGCAGCAGCGGGAAAAAGAGGAGAGGGAGAAGCAGCGGGCCCUAGCGCAAUGCCGCCAGGCCUGGGCAGCACAAGUAGAGGAGCGCCUGGGGAGGCUGGGCCGCGAGGAGCGGAAGGCUGCCAGGCGGCUACGGAGCCAGCACGCUCGAGGCGAGGAACAGCGUCUUGAACUUGUUGAGAGGCAAGGUCAGCUUCGGCUUGAGCGGGUUCAGAGGGCGGCGCUGGAAGAUAGGAUGCGUAAACUGCAACAAGAGCACAACCUCAAGCUAUGGGAGGAAGGUCGGCAGAAAGAGAGAGAGCGGGCUGACCACGCCCGGCGGGAGCGGGCAGAGAGGGCAGCCCGGACCAAGCGGAAACAGGACACUUACUUACAGAGGGAGAAGCAGCAGCUAAGCCGGGCGGAACGGGCACAUCAUGAGGCACUAUUACAGGGUCUGGCCCGGAAAGAGCGGAAAGAACAAGAGGGGCUACGGCUGUCACUGGAAGCGAGCCUGGAACGGGCCCAGGAAAACUACGAGCAGCUGAUGGAACAGCGAAGUCGGCAUUUGCGAGAGAGAGCACGGAGGGAAGAAUUGCAAGGCAGGCGAGCCAAGGAGGUGGCUGAGCGCAAGGGGAGAGAACACCAAGAGCACCUGGAAGCACUGGCCAAAGCAGGAGAACUGCGGAUGCAGCAUGCAACACAGGUGGUGUCGGAGGCAGUGCAGUUGAAGGCCCGUAGGAUAGGGCAGAGUCGGCUAGAGAAGGAACGGACGCAGCGGGCCAACAAAGAAAAGGUGGACCGCGAAGAAGACAGCCGCAGGCGGGAGCUGCAGCAGGCCAUUGAAAGAAAGUGCGAGCGGAGCGAGCGCCUGUCUCGAGAGAGGCGGAGCGCAUUGGAGAAUGCGCGCUCCACUGCCCGCGCUUCUUUCCACGUAAGAGAAAAGGUGCGCGAGGAGACUAACACGCGCACUUUUGACCGGAUGGCAUUAGAAGCCAAACUCCAUGCCAGUCUGGGCAGAAACUGA